AUGACGGUCGCCUACUCAACGGUACUAUCAGAUCACCGCGCGGAGAAGCUCCCCUCAUUUAGAGAGCUUCUGCCCGAUCAUCUCCAUGAUGAAAUAGAGGGUGGAGUGUUUUAUACUCAGUCUAAUCAGAACUGGAGGCGAGGCUCGCUGCCGGAUACCAUGCCACCGCCCACUCAACACACUGAUAGGCUUCCAUCCAGACUGUUUGCCAGAGAUAGUCGGUUUGAUGAUGUUUCCCUGCGACCAGACAGGUUCAUGGGAAACAGUGCCAAAUCGUCAAGUCAACAGCCCCACGUAGCGGAAUCGAAACCCCAAAUGUCUGCCUCACAAUCACAUUCCCGUCCUAAACUUACUCUUAACGAGAUCAACCGGUCAUUACCCCCUCCUGUCCCAUCCCCAUCAAGGGAAUACUUCGUCAAGGUUUCGCCGAAUGCCAACAGCAACGCCAUAUAUGCACCGCUGAACGGUAGAGGAAGAAAUGAGGGGGAGUUAUCGAGCUACUCAAUAUCAUCUCCCAGGAGUCAAUUAUCUUUCGAUUCCUCGAAUUUCUCACAUUCAUCUUCUCCAGUCAACAUGAUGUCUUCCUGUGAUUGCCGCGAUCAACUGUCAUACCCUUCUUCAUAUGAGCAUCCUCACGCUUGCGACAGGGCGUAUCCCCAAUCAACGUUUGGCCAUUUUAGACCAGCCUCAGGCUUUUGCCUCUCAGAAUGUGAACUUGGUGACAUGAGAGAGAAAAAGAGGAGAGGGAACCUGCCAAAGCCAGUUACAGACAUGCUCCGAGCCUGGUUAUGGGAGCAUCUUGAUCAUCCAUACCCAACUGAAGAGGAUAAACAGAUAUUUAUGAGCCGGACCGGAUUGACUAUUAGCCAGAUCAGCAACUGGUUCAUAAAUGCCCGGAGGAGACAGGUGGCAACUUUGCGUAGCCAGGUCAAGGCUCGCAAUAACUCAGAAAGCGACAGCAACAGUAGCCGGAGAAAUAGCAGCCCUCGUCACAGUGACGAUGACUCGGACUAUUUGCGGACCCCAUCCGAAAAACACUCACGCCUUCCUUGA